UAUAGCCCUGCCCCCGGCCAAUAAAAGCGCCCUUGCCGGCCGCCUCACGCCACUGGCCUCUGCCACUUGCCUGCUGGUUGCAGCUGGCCAAGGCGGCAGCAUGUGGGGUGCGGGGCUUGCACUAGCCCUCACGGUGCCUCUGGCCGUGUGCACGGACUCCAACGGUGUCUGGUGCUACGAUGCCCAGGAUCCAAAGUGUGGUCCCACCCACUGGAAGGAGGUGGCCCCUGCCUGCGGGGGCCCAGCACAGUCCCCCAUCAAUAUCGACCUUCACUUGGUGCAGCGGGACCCAACCCUGGGGCCCCUCAUCUUCCAGGGCUAUGACUCGGCACCUCCAGGACCCUGGACCCUGGAGAACAACGGCCACACAGUGCUUCUCCACAUGGAUGCUGGCCCCCAGAGCCUCCUGGGCAUGCGGGGCGCUGGGCUGCCAGGGCCAGCCUACCGCACUCUGCAGCUGCACUUCCACUGGGGGCGCCCCGGGCGCUCAGGCUCCGAACACAGCCUAGGCGGGCAGCGCCACUCUAUGGAGAUGCAUGUGUUGCAUAUGAACACGCGGUACCAGAGCCUGGGGGAGGCCCUGGGUCACCCUGAUGGGCUGGCAGUGCUGGCAGUGCUACUGGCGGAGCAGGCUUCAGACAAUGCCAACUUCUCGGCCCUGGUGUCCCAGCUGAAGAAUGUGUCCGAGCCUGGGACUUCUGUGGAUCUGGUGUCCACCUUCCGGCUGGCCUCGCUGCUGCCUAGUGCCUCGCAUCACUUGCGUUACUUCCGCUACUCAGGGUCCCUGACCACGCCUGGCUGCCAGCCGACGGUGCUCUGGACAGUGCUUGAGGAUGCAGUGCCCAUUGGGCACCUGCAGGUGGCCCAGUUCCAGAGUGUGCGCCUGACUGGCCGCAAGGGUUCGCACCCCUUACGGUUCACAGAGAACUUCCGCCCCCAGCAGCCGCUCGGGGGACGCAGGGUCUCUGCCUCCCCAGGAAUUCACAUCCCAGCCACAGUGCCCAGCCCUGCCUCCGCCCAGGCCCUUGUGUGCAGAGCUUUGCUGGGCCUGGGGCUCAGCCUGGGGCUCUGGCAGGGCCCCUUGGGGCCAGACUGACUUCCUGCCCACAAUAAACUGUACAGUGAC